AUUCUUAUCUGUUACAACAAACCUCCUACCAUGGCUCCUUCCACACGGGUGACCCAAUCUCGACACUCCACACUGCAACCGCCUAUAUAUGCAUACAUACAUUGCCGCUGCCGACUCAUCACAACGUACAUAUGUACUGCUUCCAUCUCCCAAGGGUGGGUGGCCAUGGGAUCAGCUUCUCGUCCUAGCCUCCUCUGCUUCUUCUUCCUCCUUAUCUGGGGUUCCUGUGAAGGCAAAGAUGAGAGCAUGCUACCACCCCGAGGGUGGAACUCAUACGAUGCCUUCUCCUGGACCAUCGACGAGGCCGCCUUCCUGCACAACGCGCAGAUCAUGGCGGACAAGCUGCUGCCGCACGGGUACCGGUACGCGGUCAUAGACUUCCUGUGGUACCGGCAGAACGUCAACGGCUCGGGGAAGGACGCCUAUGGCUUCGACAGCAUCGAUCAAUGGGGGCGCCCGUUCCCUGACCCCGACAGGUUCCCGUCAUCCAGAGGGGGCAAAGGGUUUAAGCACGUCGCUGAUAAGGUCCAUGGCCUGGGCUUGAAAUUCGGCAUCCAUCUCAUGAAUGGGAUCAGCAAGCAGGCCGUUAACGCCAGCACCUCCAUCCUCGACAUCCACACGGGGAAAGCAUACUCUGAGGAUGGCCGAGAAUGGACGGCGCGCGACAUAGGACUCAGACAGAGAACUUGCGCAUGGAUGACGGGUGGAUUCAUGAGUGUGAAUACAGAACUGGGAGCUGGGCGUGCGUUCUUGACAUCCCUCUACCGACAGUAUGCUGAUUGGGGUGUCGAUUUCGUGAAGGUAGAUUGCAUCUUUGGCACUGAUUACAGCCCCAAAGAGAUCAUUGCUGUUUCAGAGAUCCUCAAAGAGCUUGAGCGCCCAAUAGUCCUGUCCAUCUCACCAGGGACUGAAGUCACUCCAGCAUUAGCUCAGAACAUCACUCAGCAUGUUGACAUGUACAGGAUAACAGGGGAUGAUUGGGACAGCUGGAAAGAUGUCCGUCCGCAUUUCGAUGUGGCCAGAUCCUUCGCUGUCGCCAACAAGAUCGGCGCCACCGGAUUGCAAGGAAGAUCUUGGCCAGACUUAGACAUGCUUCCAUUUGGCAAGCUUACCGAUGCAGGUGUUAAUCAGGGCCCUCAUAGAAGGACCAACCUUACAUUUGAGGAACAAAGAACACAGAUGCUACUUUGGUCAAUGGUUAAAUCUCCUCUUAUGUAUGGAGGGGACUUGAGGCAUCUUGAUGAUAAUACGUUCAACCUAAUUACCCAUCCUACUCUACUGAAGAUAAACUACCAUACUAAAAACAACAUGGAGUUUGGUUAUAUUCUUAGUGAAAGGAGUUUGAAACCAGACAAAUCUGCCGCCAGCCCCUCCAAGUCCAGCUCUCCGGUGGUGAACCCCAUAAACAACGGAAGCAUGCUUCUUGGUCUCACUACCUGCGGUGAUGAUAGAGCCAGAGGAUGGUACAGAUCCUCACAUGAUCAUGUAUGCAGGAGCUGUAGGAUGCAAAAGGAUAACAGAAAUAUCUCAUUUUGCAUGGCUAAAGCGAAACCUCUUCCAACAUCAUUGGAUGAAGUUACCUUGAGCAAUGAGGAAGACCAAACCAAGCUUCGUCUAGCAGGUUUUGGCACCGAUGGUGGUUGCUUGGAUGCAUCAGCAUCAGAGAGCAAGACUCCCAUGUUCUCGGAUUGUGAACGUCAUUCGAAGCAGGUGUGGGACUUAACUGAGAAGGGAGAACUUGUGAGCAACUAUUCAGGAUUAUGUGCUACAGUCGAGUCUGCUAGCAACGAAGAAGGGACAAGUAAUGGAGCACUAGCUUGGAUCGCAACCGGAGACAAAGGAGAGAUCUAUCUCGCCUUCUUCAACCUCGACACCACGAGCAGGCAGAUCUCUACAAGGGUAUCGGAUCUGGAGAAAUUUGCAGGAAGAAUGUUGGCAAGGAAAACCUCGUGCAGCUGCACUCAAGUCUUCAGUGGCAAGAGCCGGAGUCUCAUGAAGGGGGACAUCUCAGCAGUGGUGAGCUCACAUGGCUCCAUGUUAUUUGAAAUCCAGUGCUGAGAAGGAGAUUGCAGUUGCAGGCAGUUCUUUAAUGUCCAUAUCAAUCGGUUCUUCUUGGAAGCUUAGAAUGAUUUGGUGUAAAUUCUCUUGCUGUUUGUCAAUCCUUUGUAGAAAGUAGUUCUUAAUAAAGUACUACCUCCGUUACAUAAUUCUUGUCUCAAAAUUGUCCAAAAAUGGAUGUAUCUGUUUCUAAAAAGCGUCUAGAUACAUGUAAUAUUUCGACAAGAAUUAUGAAAUGGAGGGAGUAACAUUUGUCGUAAGAUUUUUAAAGGAGAUAUUCUUAAGAACUGA